CUCUCCUCCGUAACGUACCCCCAAGACUACCGUUUCGUGUGGGCUCGACAUAAACACAUAGAAAACACGUCAUCAUGGAAGCGCCGGAGCUCGCAUCAGCACAGUACUUUGUCUUUGUGUCGCAAGUACACUUUUGCGCUAUGUAUGCCGUCGUCGUCUGGGACUGGAUGCACGCCAUACCGAGAGAAUGGCGAUUCAUAUGGAAGACGAGCUGGACGCCUGUCAAGGUAGCGUAUCUGUUCUGCAGGUACUGGGUCCUCGCCGUGGUGCCAUAUCUGCUCUGGGCUUUUGUGGCCAACCACUCGUUGGAGACUUGCAAAAGAGUAUACAGAAUCCCAGUCGCGCUCGCAAUGUGGAAUCAAGCCAGUGCCGAAGCUAUUCUCCUCAUACGCACUUAUGCUUUCUUCAAUCGUAACAACUAUAUAUUGGCCUUACUCGUCUCAGCCCUGGGCGGCGUUGUGGCGUACCAGCUCUAUGUCGCCACCUCCGAAAUGCUGCUCCUUUCGUUCGUAUCGUCCCCGACUAUGGGACCCUGUUUCCCCGCCUCCAAACCGGGCUCUGCCGAUCUCCUCGGUUUCUUUAUCGCUCCUCUGGCAUAUGACACGAUGGUGACGAUCAUGACCGUCGCAAAGGCUAUUACUAUAAGGCGCCGUAGCGGUGGCCCUAACAGCAGGUUGAUUCAGACGUUCAUCCGCGAGGGUGUCUUCUAUUACCUCUUGAUCUCCAUUGCGAAUUUGGUAAACGGCAUAUUCUAUCUUCAGCCCCGUCAAGUGAUGUCGGCCAUCUGUAUACCUCUGAGCGUGAUGCUUGCCCCUGUAUUAGCGUGCCACCUCAUUUUAGAUCUUCGCGAGCGUGGCUCCGAAACCGUCUCUCAAUCGGCCGGGACUAUUGCGUUCACAGCCGGGGUCAACACCUCCAGCAAGUCCAAUCUAGGCUCUCCGUUCUCUGGGCUAGGUUUCGGUUUCGGUACGCCAUCCAGCUCGAAGGCAAUUGUUCGUCCGACGGGUGUAGUGCUAAGCACAAUGGGGAGUAUACCGAUGGAGGGCAUGAGCGUGGCGAUGGCAAGUGGACUCGAGUUGGACAAUUUACAGGCGUACAGCUCUGAUGUCUCCGUCGACCAAGAUGUGGAGGUCGGUCUCGGGGGUGGAGCGAGUGGUAUUAGAGUGGAGGUUGAGAAGACCACGAUGUAGGCGCUGGACGAUAACGGGUGGUUCCCCAAGUUGAAUUCGUUGGGCAUAUUGCUGCACACUGCAUUAUUUCUGCAUCCGUUUCUGCACACUUGGCGACCCAGCGUCCAUCGCAGCUCUCGGAGUUGACAUCACUUUUGCAUGUUUCACUUCUUCGCAACUCAUCCUCUGUCUUUCGAGAACCUAGGCGCUUUGUAUUGCAUCGCAUUGUAUCUCAUCAGUACUUUGAGUAGUCGUUUUGAACAACGUUAAGCAAGGUUUGGAGGCACCUGAUAUUGGAAAAUAUCUCACAUGUCGAAAAUUCACGUAUUACACGUCCGA